CAGGGAGGGAGAGUGCCAGGCUCCUCAGCUGGGAUGCAGCCACCCGCGCCCCCUGAGCCCGGGCCCCUGGCACUGCUGGACACCACAGAAGGCUUCUCCAGGAGGAAGCGGACCUCCCUAUGGUUCGUGGGGUCUCUGCUGCUGGUGUCUGUCCUCAUCCUGACCAUCGGCCUCGCCGCUACCACCAGGACAGAGAACGUGACCGUGGGUGGCUACUAUCCCGGAGUCAUUCUGGGCUUUGGAUCUUUCUUGGGAAUCAUUGGCGUCCACCUGGUGGAGAACAGAAGACAAAUGCUGGUGGCAGCCAUCGUGUUCAUCAGCUUUGGUGUGGUGGCCGCCUUCUGCUGCGCCAUUGUGGAUGGUGUGUUUGCAGCUCGACACAUGGAACUGAGGCCUCUCAGCAUGGAAAGGUGCCAGUUCUACUCCAGUGGGACAGGGUACUUGUAUGAUGUCUACCAGACCGAGGUCACCUGCUACUCCUUGACAGGCAAGUGCCAGUUGAAGGUGAGGAGCAACACCUGCUACUGCUGUGACCUCUACACGUGUGAGAGUGCAGAGCUGUCUCCCACCUACUACGAGUUUGUGGGCGUUCGUAGCUGUCAGGAUGUGGUCCAUCUUUACCGGCUGCUCUGGGUCUCCACGGUGCUGAACGUCUUGGGCCUAUGCGUGGGCAUUAUCACUGCUGCCGUGCUGGGGGCCUUCAAGGACAUGGUCCCCUUGUCACAGCUGGCUUACGGUGCGGCAUCUCCACCUCAGAUCCUGUACAACCCUGCCCAGCAGGUCCUUGCCUACACUGGCUUUUGCUCGCCCACAGCCAUACCUACCUGCUCGUCCUAUCCCCUGCCUCUUCAGCCCUCUGCUGAGCUCUCCCUACCCGAGGAUGCCUGGCCUCCCCAGCAGUGCAGCUCCGGCUUCGGGUGCCCCCCCAAUGCCCCACCACUCUGCACUCCAGCCUGCUUCCUUACAGGGGAGAAGCCACCCCCCUAUGCUCCCUGACGCAGAGGUGCUAGAGUAGAAUACUGUUUGUUUAUUUGUUUGUGUUAAAGCCACCUCUAGAAGUUUUGCUUCUGCAGCCAACAUCCAAACUGAGACUGUUCUGGAAGGCCAUGCCCAUCCUCCUUUCUGGGCAGGUCUUCAGCCAGGCCAGGCUAGGCCAGGCCAGGGUGCGGGGAGCAGAGCCACUGAGCUAGAAGGGACUGCCUGCCCUUUGUUGCUCUGUUAGACCCCCUCCUGUUACUGACCAGCCGUUGUUCUGUGCCUGCAUCCGGCCUCCUUUCAGGAAGUGUGCAUGUGUGUCCCUUUGAGGCCACCCCCAUCUGGCCCUCUUAUCCUCCUGACAUUUGCUUAGAGUGAAAAUGAGCUUUGGUCACACAGUCAACACUGCUCCAAAGGCUGAGGGCUUCCUGAGGUCUGUGUCAUGUCUGCUCAACUCAAAGAGAUCAGUUAUCCACUGGCUGGGCCACCAUCCACCGGACUGCUGCCCCUGCACUCAGCCCUAUGGUCCUCUGCCAUUCAGAUGAGUCAGCACCCUGGCCCUGCAGCAGAGCCUCCGAACCUGCUGUGAAAGCUGAACGUCCAAGCUCUGCUCCAGUGGGAUGGGGUGGGAGGGUCCCAAGGUCAUCAGCUCCAGCAUGAACGGAGACCCCUCACACGGGAGCAGGUGAGCACACUCAGAACUGGCUAGAGGCUGAGUUGGUGGACCAGAGUUGUGGAGGGAGCCGGAGAGCUGGAAUGUACCUCAAGUGUGUACCUUAGUCUCAAAGGGUCUGGAGAGACAUCCCAAGAGUGUGUCUUGGUCUAUUUGUUCUUUUGAGCUGAAGAAUCUUGGGAGCCACUGAUGGAAGAUGGAGCCACAGCCAUGUGAAGAUGGAGCUCCAGGGUCCCCAUCAUGAAAGAGGGGCUCUUCGUGAGGGGUGGCACACCCUGAUACCAUAAGCAUCAUAUCCCACUGCCUCCCGUAGCCCUCGCUAUUCCCCAUUCAUGCCCCAGCGCCUCCUCUGCAAACCCACACAAAAGCUCCAAGUCUCAGAGACCCGAGUCUUAUGGACCCCAAAUCUUCUAGCCCCAAAAUCCCAUGGCCCCCAAAUUUUUCAGCUCCCAAGCUUUCUGGGCCCCAUUUUUCUUGUGAUGCCUGGGCUGUAAUAAACUUGCCUCAUGCCGCCUUCA